AUGGCGGCUUCCGGUUACCAUAAUACACAUAAAACCAUCAUUUUUAAGCAACGGCAUCAAGCAUCCACCACUCAAGCGCUCAACAUCAACACUUCACGGCAAGAUCAGCAGCACCACCGGCAACAACAACAGCAGCAAACAAGACCUCCCAGCAGCAUACACAGCAACACCUUCACAAACAGCAGCAACAGCACACGAUACAGUUCCAGACAGCGGGACCAACGAAAGCAGGAGGAACCACUACUCGGCCGGUGCAGCAGUCGCAGUACGAUUGCACGGACCAGCAGACACGGAUCCAGCCAGCGAACACAAAUCGCCUCACAGCAGCAACAAAGCACCACGGUCACAACUCAGCGGCAGAGCGCGACGGCAAUGGAUACACAGAAAAACAACAACAAGGCACUCGGAAGGGACUCAGUCUUUCAGCAACCCUUGAUCACAAACAUCCGCCACCAAUCGCUCCCUUCGACCCGCACAUACCCACAAAACAACCUCCAUGUCGAUACACAGAACAAACAUGCGCAUGCCAAAAGAUCCAACGAUUAUGCUGAACUAGCACCAGGUAUCGACGCAAACCUACGUUCGACCUCGAACCCUCCUCCUUUGCACAGAAAAAGGUCCUCCAGGCAGACGACAUGCAGGUGCCGAUGCCGGCACGGCCCCGAAACCGCAGAGAGCCCGAUCCAAUGCUACCAGCAGCACGAAACGAUACCCGGCAAGAUCGAUGAGGACAAGUACCCGGCGAACCAACAACAAUCCUAA